AUGGAUAUUUUCUCGUUCUGGUUCAUUUUGGCAUCAUAUUCAGCGAAAACAUUGGCUCAGCGAUGUAAGUUGACGCAACGAUCUGAACAUGGCUUGGUUCUCCUCAAUCAAGUGUACAAAUCGUUCACUGUGGAUCGGUUGGCUUCGUGCUAUAUUGCCUGCAAUUCACAGCCUGCGUGUCAAAGCCUUAACUUCAGGCUGAGUGACAAAACUUGCCAGUUUAACAAAGAAACUAAGAUUUCCCACCCAGCCAGUCUGAAGCAGAAUGCAGGGUUUAUCUAUGCUGAAAACCCAAAUCGAGGUGAGAAUAUCCUUAAACAUUUGGGCAUGUUUAUCAGUCUGUGUCUGUUAAAACGUUUAUGGUUACAUUUUUUACAUGGUUCUGCCUUAGUGUUAUCAAGCGAACUUGAGUGAGCCAAUAAAUUUAUUUUUCCUUGUUACUUUGACAACCUGAAUAAAUUGGAAGACAUAAUUUCAAGGGACUUGGUAACGUAAUGAGUCCACAAGGUCUCAAAAAUACGUAAUUAAUCUUCGUCAUUCCGUUGAAAAGUAGACUUCAACCGUAAACUUUGCUAUCGUUAAAUGGACCCAUUUCUAAGAGCCAAACGGCAUAAAAACUACCCUAUUAGGAACAGCUCUUAGUUAUGUUAUUAUUACAACUUUUCCUGGCCUGCCAUCAACCGCAAUUCAAAUUAAGAUGGAAAGCGACCAUUACGUUGUAACAAGUGCCUUCAUUUAAAAUAAUGUUAAUUGUGCUGUGUACAUUCGUUCGAUAAGUUGAUUAAGCAUGCAAAGUAGAAUGAUUUGUUUGCAUAUUUUCAUUGCAGCUUUACUCGGGUCAGUUCCCUUCAGAGCUGCGAAUUCUUGUCAACAUAUCAUUCAGAGUGAAGAUUCCACUGGGAAUGGAGAGUAUUGGGUCGACCCACAGGGCAAUGGGAACUCUUUCAAGGCUUUUUGUGACAUGACAACUGAUGGAGGUACCUUGGUGUUUCUUGUUUUCAAUUGUUGAUUUUUUUUCUUGGUUAUUUUUACAACCAGGAAUUUUUUUUUAAAUUCAAAGGAGGCUGGAUGAUGGUAUUAAACAUUGUUUUAGCAAGCUCUCAAUCAUUAUGGUGGAAUGGCGCUGCUGAACAAACGUUUCAAGGUAUGCGUAACUAUGGAAACGGCAAAAUGGCUAUAACCAAAAGCGCUAUGAGCCAACUAAGAGCGUACAUAAACUUUACCCAAAUAAGAUUUCAUUGCAACAAAGAAAAAGGAACAACAUUCCACGUCAGCACGACUCUGAACAACAAAGGUGCAGAAGUGGUGCGAUAUUUCAGCGGUGAAAGAGAUGAGAUGCCGGACUCGUGUGACUCCUUCGUCCGUAUGGAUGGUGAUAAUUCAAGACUGGCUCAGAGUUGUGCGACAUGGGCAUAUGAUGGUAAGUGGGGACAUGUCAGGCAUAGUGUUGGAGAGAAUCGUCUGUACAACUACGCAGCAUUUGUGGCCCUCAGUUAUCAUUGGAUAAUUUCUACUGGUGGCCACUGGAUGUGCGAUGAUAAGACUAGUGACAACCUGUCAACUGGAGACUUUUGGAAAGUUUAUGUCCGUUGA